AUGCAGGCGGGCCAGACGUCACGAAGAGCGGCACGGUCGGCCCAGCGGUUCAAACGACGGAACACAUCGCACAGACUGAGACCAUAUCAGCGCCUCAACAACUGGCUCAGCCUGUUGCCGCGCAAACCACGCACUGUGAGUCCUUGGGAAGAAGAGAGGAGAGGAGGGAAGGGGUGGGAUAAUGGGGAUAAUUUUGUUGAAGAGAGGAGUGGAAAGCGGUGGAAGAAUGGGACGGGUGGGAGGGGAUGGUGGAGCAGUGGAGAGGAGUGGGGCCAGGGAGAGAACAAGGGAGAGGAGAGGGGAAACGUGGAAAGUCGUUUGGUGGGGGAGCAAGGGGCGGAGGGGGGAAGGGCAUCCCAGCUGGAGCUAGCACAAGUGGAGAAUGCCAGGAGCACGCUGCCGACUACUGCUGCUGCUGCUGCUGCUGCUGCUGCUGCUGCUGCUGCUACUGAAGGGCAGGGUGGGCAGGCGUACCCUGAUAAAGAGCCGCAGCCAUUUCCUUGGAGGGAGCGUCAGCAGCAUUUGCCUGAGAAGGAUCAGCAGCAGCAAUUCCCUGAGAGGGAUCAGCAGCCAUUUCCUGAGAGGGAGCCGCACCCAUUCCCUGAGAGAGAGCAUCAGCAAUUCCCUGGGAAGAUACCGCAUGGCAGCGGUGUCUUUGGGGAGGAGGGAGUGGAUGGUGAUCGGCCAGGGGGAGAAGAGGAGAAGAGGACUGAGGUGAAGGGGAGUGUGGGGCAAGGGAAGGAGGAUGAGGAUGAGGAUGGGAAGGAUGGUGAUGAGGGUGAGGAGGAGAAGGAGAAGGAGGAGAAGGAGGAGAAGGAGGAGGAGAAGGACGCGGGAGGGAAGAGUGAGGGUACAGGCAGCGGGAAGAAAGCGCAGGAUGAGGAGGGGGGGAAAGAAGACGAGGAGGACGAGGAGGAGAAAGAAGAGGAAAAGGAGGCGAAGGAGGAGGCGAAGGAGGAGGCGAAGGAGGAGGCGAAGGAGGAGGCGAAGGAGGAGGCGAAGGAGGAGGAGGAGGAGGAGGAGGAGGAGGAGGAGGAGGAGGAGGAGGAGGAGGAGGAGGAGGAGGAGGAGGAGGAGGAGGAGGAGGGGGAGGGCUCGCAUAGCAGUGGGGAAGGAGCAGGGGAGGAGGACGAAGGGGCUGGGCCUGCAGAUGACAGUGCUGCUGCUGGUGGCGACGGUGGUGGCAGUGAGGGGGAGAGUGGCAGCAGCGGGGGUGGGGAAGCCACAGGGGAGAGUGCGGGCUCGUCGGAACAGCAGUCGGUCGCUGCCAAGGAAGUGGUGAGCGCUGCCUUUCCUCUUUCUUCUCGCCGGUUUCCUUUGUAUGUCAAACGUGUUCCUGCUGUCCCUCACAGAGCCAGCAGUCGGUCGCUGCCAAGGAAGUG